AUGAACAACGACCAAUUCCGUCGCCUUGUCCUCGACAACCCUUCCUCCAAACCCGCCGCCAAAUCCACCAGUCCAGAUGCAUCCUCUCCAUCCCAACAACAACCGCGCAAAAGCAUCGGCAAUGCGACCCCCGCAGCCGGCGCUCUGGGCUCGCGCCUCCGCUCCAGCAUCCCCAUGACACCUCGCGCCUUGACAAACGUCGACUUUGCGCGCCAACUAGCCGAAUACCGCCGCGAAGCCCAACCCGCUUCCAAGAAGUUCAAAUCCUCCGCCGCCCCCAAGGGAACGAAACUACCGUCCGGAUAUCAAGAUCGGGCUGCAUUGUUGCGCCAGAAGGAAGAAGCGGAAGAAGGGGGGGAUAGUGGCGGCGAUGUGUCGGAUUUGGAGAAGCGUGUCAAGGCGUUGGAGGAGAUGGUCAAAUUAGGACAGAUUGACCAGGGGACGUUUGAGAAGUUGCGGGCUGAGAUGGGGGUGGGUGGUGAUUUGAAGAGUACGCAUAUGGUCAAGGGGCUGGAUUGGGAGUUGCUGAGGAGGGUUAAGGGGGGUGAGGAUGUUGAUGUCUUGGAAAAGGAAGGGGAGAAGGGUGAGGGGAAGGAGAAAGAAGAUGUGGCAGAUGUGGAUGAGGAGUUGGAUCGGGUUUUGGGAGAAAAGGGCGAGGGGGUGGAUGCAUUGACUGCUGCCCCGAAGGAGAAUAAAGAGAAGAAGAAGGGGGUCAUGGCUCAGAGAAAAUCAAGAGACGAGAUUCUCAGGGAGUUGAAGGCCAGUCGGGCUGCUGCUGCGGCUGAGGCGGCGAAGCCGGCUGAGCCCGCGUUGGGGACUAAGUUCAAGAGGAUCGGGGGAGAGUCUAAGGCGGAGAAGAAGCGUUGGGUGGAGCAGGAUGAGAAUGGGCGAAGGAAGGAGAUUCUACAGAUCACGGACGCGGAGGGCAAGACGAAGAGGAAGGUGAGAUGGCUAGAUAAGCCUGGUGAGGUUGGUGGUGGUGCUGGUGAUGGGCCUGCUGGGUUAUUGAUGCCGGAUAAGGAUGCGAAGCCGUUAGGCAUGGAGGUUCCAGCAGAGGUUGCCACUAAGGCUCCCGCGCCGGCGGAGGAUGAUGACGAUGAUAUUUUUGCUGGCGUCGGAGAUGACUAUAACCCGCUUGGUGAUCUACCAGAUGACGACGAUUCGUCGGAUGAGAGUGAAGAUGGCGAGAAGCCAAAGGUCACAGAACCAGCUCCUGCUACCGGUGAUACGAAGAAACCGGAGGUGACAACAAGCCGGCCUCGAAAUUACUUUUCUACGUCUACAACGGAUGAAGUUCCUGAGGUGGACCGGUCGAACCCAUUGGCUAAAGAUCCUACUCUACUGGCGGCCCUGAAACGAGCUGCUGCAUUACGACAAUCCGAGGAGGCUGGUGCUGCCAAUGCUGAUGCUGAAGAUGUCGACGACGAGACGGCGCUUCGACGAAAGAGGUUCCUGGAGGAGGCGCGUCGGCGGGAAGCCCUGGAUGCCAUGGAUAUGGACAUGGGCUUUGGAGGAAGUCGCAAUGACGACGACGAGGAAGACGAGGAAGUGGUACUGGAGACCGAGGGACGCGGCGGGAAGAAGAGGAAACGAGGGCCGAAGAAGAAGAAGGGCGACAAGGACAGUGUGACGGAUGUGAUGCGUGUGCUGGAGGGGAGGAAAAAGGAGUGA